AUGGUAUCCUCUUUGUCCAAGGAAGCGCAAACAGAAUUGCAACUGUUCCAGAACGAAAUCAACGCCGCUAAUCCUUCCGACUUUCUUCAGUUCUCCGCCAACUAUUUCAAUAAAAGGCUAGAACAACAGAGAACAUUUCUCAAGGCCAGGGAGCCCGAAUUUAAAGCCAAGAACAUAACUCUAUUUCCAGAAGCCGAGGAGCCAUUUUCCAGACCUCAAUCAGCUCAAUCACAAUCUAGGUCUAGAUCGAGCGUUAUGUUCAAGUCUCCCUUCGUAAAUGAGGACCCACAUUCCAAUGUAUUCAAAAACGGGUUCAAUUUAGACCCACACGAACAGGACAUUCACCAGCAAGUGCAGGAAGAGCAGCAGCACACUAGAGAAAAGACUUCUACACCUCCGCUCCCUAUGCACUUUAAUGCUCAAAGACGUACUUCUGUAAGUGGUGAGACCUUACAACCAAACAAUUUUGACGACUGGACUCCGGAUCACUAUAAGGAAAAGUCCGAGCAACAAUUGCAAAGACUCGAAAAGUCCAUUCGCAACAACUUUCUGUUCAACAAGCUAGAUUCGGACUCCAAAAGGCUGGUCAUCAAUUGUCUGGAGGAGAAAUCCGUCCCCAAGAAUGCCACUAUCAUCAAACAGGGUGACCAAGGUGACUACUUUUAUGUCGUCGAAAAAGGUACUGUUGAUUUCUACGUAAACGACAACAAGGUCAACUCAUCUGGGCCAGGUUCCAGUUUCGGGGAACUUGCUCUCAUGUACAACAGCCCCCGUGCUGCCACCGUUGUGGCAACUACUGACUGUCUGCUAUGGGCUUUAGACAGACUUACCUUCAGAAAGAUCCUGUUGGGCAGCUCCUUUAAGAAGAGACUCAUGUACGACGAUUUAUUGAAGAGCAUGCCUGUUUUGAAGAGUUUGACCACGUACGACCGUGCCAAACUUGCCGACGCCCUGGAUACCAAAAUCUACCAACCAGGUGAAACAAUCAUUCGUGAGGGAGAUCAAGGGGAAAACUUCUAUUUAAUCGAGUAUGGCGCUGUGGAUGUUUCUAAAAAGGGUCAGGGAGUGAUAAAUAAACUGAAAGACCAUGAUUAUUUUGGUGAAGUAGCUUUGCUGAACGACUUGCCUAGACAGGCCACUGUAACUGCUACAAAAAGAACCAAAGUUGCUACUUUGGGGAAAAGUGGUUUUCAAAGGCUACUAGGCCCUGCAGUUGACGUAUUGAAACUCAAUGACCCUACGAGACACUAA